CUGUUUUCCAUGGCUUAACCACAGUCCAGAGGAAGCCCUGGUUCUGGUGACUUCCUGUGCCCUGUAUGUCAUAAGGUGUUUCCUCUGCAGCGCAUGCUGACGCGUCACCUCAAAUGUCACAGCCUGGUGAAAAGGCACCCCUGCAGGUACUGCGGCAAAGGCUUCAACGACACCUUUGACCUUAAGAGGCACAUGCGCACUCACACAGGCAUCCGUCCUUACAGGUGUGAGCUGUGUGAAAAAGCCUUUACCCAGCGCUGCUCUCUGGAGUCUCACCUGAGAAAGAUCCAUGGCGUGCUGCAGCAGUACGCCUAUCGCCAACGUCGCUCCAAGAUCUUCGUCUGCGAGGACUGCGGCUUCACCUCCGGCCGUCCCGACGAGUACUUUAUGCACGUGAGGCAGCAUCAUCCAGGCAGCCCUGCUCUGCGCAGGUAUUAUCGCAAGCACAUCCAGGACAACGCGCCCGCCCAGCACAAACUCAGCCCCUUCAUGCUGUAUCCCGCGGCCAGCUUCUACAUGUGA